UCCCCCCCAAGUCAUUCCCUGUCGUACGAGGCUCUGUCGGAGAUCCCGUACAAGGCAUCCGGCCAGGCACGAUCUGCGAACCUCUCUUUAAAAAGGGAGCAAUUGCUGCCCGAUUUGCCGCUGAUUCCAACACUCUUUGCGCGUGCCUUGCCCGUCUGACCUCAUUCCUCUUCUCCUACCUCACCCCACCAGUGACGGCAGCUUUCAAGGGACGGAUACAUAGCACUGUCGAUUUUUUUGACUAGAAUAUCUACUACACGGGGCAGACAGAUCUCACAAUGGUGCAGCAGGACGAGCAGGAAGUCGCCCAGCUGGUCACCAGCCUAGACCUGGCCACCAGGAAAGGCACCGCUCAUGGAAAGAAGACGUUCGUAUGCAAGAAGAAUACCUUCAACGUGGCGAAUUCCGACAACAUCCGUGUGGAUUCGUGGAAGUUCAUGGACUGGGAUUACAAACGCAGCGACCUCCCCACCUACGCCCGCGGACUGUUCACCACCAAGAGGAAGGACGGCGCCCAUGAGAUCGCUGUCCGCGGAUACGACAAGUUCUUCAACGUGGAGGAGGUGACCGCAACGAAAUGGAGGAAUAUCGAAAAUAACACCCGGGGUCCCUACGAAUUGAGCGUGAAGGAGAACGGGUGCAUCAUCUUCAUUUCUGGUCUGGAGGAUGGCACCUUGUUGGUCUGCAGCAAGCACUCGACAGGUGUCAGGGAGGACGCAGAGCUUAGCCAUGCUCAAGCCGGUGAGCGUUGGGUCGAGAAGCACGUUGCCUCUGUCGGGAGAACGGUCAAAGACCUGGCACGCGAGCUGCGCAGACUGAAUGUCACGGCGGUAGGCGAGCUUUGUGACGAUACCUUCGAGGAGCAUGUUCUUGCUUACGAUGCGAACGCGUCAGGCAUCUAUCUGCAUGGCCUCAACUUCAAUGUGCCGCACUUCGCGACCCUCCCUAGCUCGGAGGUCCACACGUUCGCCGACGCAUGGGGGUUCAAGAAGGCCAACUUCGUUGUCUACGACGACCUCGACCAGGUGAAGAGCUUUCUCAACAACUGUGCAGAGACUGGCACCUGGGACGGUCGGGAGACGGAAGGGUUUGUAGUUCGAUGCCACUUGGGCGAGAGUGGCCGUGGCCCGUACCAGGAUUGGUUCUUCAAGUACAAGUUCGAGGAGCCAUACCUGAUGUACAGGCAGUGGCGUGAGUGUACCAAGGCCGUCAUCUCAGGCAAAUACCCGAACAUCAAGAAGCACAAGACCGUUACGGAAGAAUACCUGUCGUACGCGCGGAGACAGCUCGCCCAGAACCCUCACCUAAAAGAACUUUACAAGGCCAACCACGGAAUCAUCGCGAUGAGAGAAGGGUUCCUCAAGGAGCGAGGACUCAACGGGGCUGAACUCAUCCAGAUGGAGGCCGAAAAUGAGGUGACGCAGAAUGUGGUUCUAGUUCCCGUGGCCUCUCUGGGCUGCGGCAAGACUACCGUGGCUCUUGCUCUGUCCAAAUUGUUUGGAUGGGGUCAAGUGCAGAACGAUAACAUCCCCAAGCAGAAGAACAAGCCCAAGAAGUUCGCAUUUGAUAUCACCAAUCUCCUUGGCCUCCACCCUGUGGUGGUUGCAGAUCGGAACAACCACAUGAAACGCGAACGGGACCAGCUCAUAGAAGAUGUGGCAGCCGCCGUCCCCAGAGCCCGCUUCGUCGCACUCCAGUAUGUCCACGAACCCAAAGACCAAAUGCUUCCGGGCAUUCGCGAGGUGACGCGGAAACGAGUUCUCGAUCGUGGAGACAACCACCAAACCAUCCGGGCAGGAAGCAACGCCCAAGAGGAGAUCAUCGGAAUCAUGGAAGGCUUCCUGAAGCGGUUCGAGGCCGUUAACACCGACCGCAAGCCGGACAGCAAAUUCGACCAGGUGAUCGACCUCGACGUUGCAGCAUCUUCGCGGGAAAACCUGGAAACAGUCGUCAAAGCCCUCCACUCGUUCUACCCCCGGCUCGUACCCGAGAUCCCAACCGCCGAGCAGCUCGACGACGCAAUCAACUGGGCCAUGAACGACUACGAAGUCCAGCUAGACUGGAGCCACCAGUACAGCUCGAAGCCGAGCCAGAAACCGAAACCCCCCAAGAGCAUCAACAACAAGAUCGCCGGCACCCGCCCUGAAUCCCCCCCCGCCGCCCCUCCCAGCCCCGAAGCCCUCUCCAAGAAACUCGAAUACUUCAGCAUCUCCCUCCCCACCGCCGAAGUAACCACCAUCCUGCAAUCCCUCUUCCCCGACUCCACGGCCCCCGAAAAGGCCCGUCUCUACCGCCAACUCUCCAACUCGCGCCGCAUCCAGCCCGCCUUCCACGUGACCCUGAUCCACCGGGCCUCCAAAACCUCCCACGCCGAUAUCUGGGACGGCUAUGUCCGCCAGUACAUCGACAAGAUGAAGUCCAAGCUCGAGUCCGACCCCACCAUCACACCGUCCCUGGCUCCCGCGCGCGUCCGCCUCGAACGUCUCAUCUGGGACCACCGUAUCAUGACCUUCGUCGCCCGCAUCAUGCCCUCCGAUGACAAUGAUCUGGCGGAGUGGCCCUGCGCUAAUGAAACCCCGCAUGUCACUGUCGGAACCGUCUCGCCGGAGGUUAAGCCCGUCGAGAGCAAUAACCUGCUCAAGCGCUGGCAUGAGGUCGGCUCCGGUGGCGAUACGGGUAUCUGGGAGGCGGAAAUCCCAGGUGUUAGGGUCGUGCGUGGCUCUGUGGGGAUGGUUAUGUCUCGGGGGAGGUAGAUUGGUGAGAACUGGGAAUUGGGAAUUAGAAUGAUGGAAUGAUGGAUAGAUGGAUGGAUGUGGGUGGGUUAUGAGUGAUGAUAUCCAAGAAAAGAAGAUGAAGAUGGAAUAUAAAAGGGAGGUAGGGGAAUCUACUUGCUAUCAUGCUAGUGGCUUCUGUAGAUAUCGCUAAAUACCCAAUAUUGAUGAU